CGAGUACCAACCGCCAAGCCGAAAAUUCUUACAAGUCAGUUGCACUUUGGAGUGUGCUCCACGUGCACCAUGUUUCUGUUAUUAAUAGCUACGAUCACGGUCUUGUCAAUCACUUUACUCGUUUUACAAUUGAAAAAACCGAACAAUUUUCCUCCAGGUCCAAUAUGGUACCCGAUUAUUGGAUCCGUAUCAGCUGUAAAGAAGGUGGCAAAAGCUUAUGGUGGAGCACACGUGGGGUAUUCGAAGUUGGCUGAAAUGUACAACACCAACGUUCUGGGGCUGAAAUUUGGCAAGGAGAAUGUGAUCGUUGUCUUGUCGUACCCUCUAGUAAAAACUAUUUUAACAUCGGAAGAAUACGAAGGAAGACCCGAUGGAUAUUUUCUUAGAUUAAGAUGUAUGGGGACUCGACGAGGUAUAACAAUCACCGACGGGCCUUAUUGGAAGACGCAAAGAGCUUUUGUUACUAGCCAUCUUCGAAGUCUCGGAUACGGAAAAAAACCGAUGGAGAGACUAAUACGCGAAGAAGUUUCCGUGCUUAUAGAUGUCAUAAAAGAAAAAGAAAAUCAAGAGAUUCGAAUUGGAUCUAUUUUAGCAUUUUCUGUGUUAAAUGUAUUGUGGGCGCUGAUGGCUGGCUCCAGGCUAGAUCGCAAUGAUUCGAGAUUAAAAAGAAUUUUGGAUCUAUUUGACCAAAGGGCGCGCGUAUUUGAUAUGUCCGGAGGGCUACUCAACAAAUUUCCCUGGCUAAGAUUCAUAGCUCCCAAAAAGACAGGAUAUAGUUUAAUUACCCAAAUUAAUAAGGAAUUAAAAGAGCUUUUGCUAACUCUCAUACAAGACCACUACUCUACAUGGUACGAAGGUAGGAGCGAUGAUCUUAUUUACUCGUUUAUAACUGAGAUGAAAAAGCAAAAUGGAAAGGAUUCUACAUUCACAGAGGAUCAGCUGAUUAUGGUAUGUCUAGAUCUUUUCAUAGGGGGAGCACAAACGUCCAGCAAUACCGUCGAUUUUGCUUGCCAAUUAAUGAUUUUGCAUCCUGAUGUACAAAAAAAAGUAAGUGAUUGUCUUCAAAAAGCUUUCGAUCGAGAUGAAGAAAUUACUUACUCCGAGAGGCACAGGGUUCCUUACGUAGAAGCAGUAUUAUCCGAGAUAUUGAGAUUUCGACACGUAGCACCAAUAGCUGGACCAAGAAGAGUAUUGAAAGAUACAUAUUUAGAUAAUUAUUUCAUUCCUAAAGAUACCACAGUUCUAAUUAGUGUAUAUUCCGUCCACAACGAUAAAGAAUACUGGAAAGAUCCUGAAGUGUUUCGACCAGAAAGAUUUUUAGACUCAGAUGGAAAAUUUAUUUACCACGAGAGAUUAAUUCCAUUUGGUUUAGGAAAACGCAGAUGUUUAGGAGAUAUGCUAGCUAAAAGUUGCAUAUUCACAUUCUUUUGCGAAAUGCUGAGAUCGUUCGAACUAAGCAUUUAUCCAGGAUCCGAAAUGCCAAAAGGAAUACCAACACCAGGAAUUACUUUAACUCCCGAAAAGUACAAAACGAAGUUUACAGAGCGACUCAAUUAAAAACUGGUGCUGGAAAUAAUUAAAUAGUGUAUUAUUUAUUCAAAGAUGUAGUAUUACAAUUAAAGUGAUCUUAUUUACCGUUUU